AUGACGGUCUCCCAUGACUACCCCCAUCGGGGGCAAUCCCAAACUUCCAUGGCAUCUUUGGAAGAGAAAUUCGAAGUGCUAAAGGAAAUUGGAGAUGGUAGUUUCGGGAGUGUCGUCCUGGCACGCACGCGAACUGCUGGUUCGCACAUUGCACGACGCGGCACGAUGGUCGCAAUCAAGACGAUGAAGAAGACAUUUGAGUCCUUCGCUCCGUGCAUGGAGCUUCGCGAAGUGAUCUUCUUGCGUACAUUGCCCAAUCAUGCUCACCUCGUGCCGGCUCUCGAUAUCUUCCUCGACCCGCUGACGAAGAAACUCCACAUCGCCAUGGAGUACAUGGAUGGCAACCUGUACCAGCUGAUGAAGGCGAGAGACCACAAAUACUUGGAUGGAAGGGUCGUCAAGAGCAUUCUCUACCAGAUCCUCUCCGGCCUCGACCACAUCCACGCGCAUCGCUUCUUCCACCGUGACAUUAAGCCCGAAAACAUCCUCGUUUCGACAUCUGCCCCGAACGACUCCACCUUCAGCCGAUACUCUACUCUCGUUACUCCCCCUUCGACUCCGCCUUCGUACACGGUGAAGAUCGCUGAUUUCGGACUGGCUCGAGAGACGCAUUCGAAGCUACCAUACACAACAUAUGUUUCGACACGUUGGUAUCGAGCUCCCGAAGUCCUCUUGCGGGCGGGUGAAUACUCCGCCCCCGUUGAUAUGUGGGCUGUUGGUGCAAUGGCUGUUGAAAUCGCUACAUUGAAGCCGCUGUUCCCUGGAGGCAAUGAAGUUGACCAGGUGUGGCGCGUGUGUGAAAUCAUGGGCAGCCCGGGCAAUUGGUACAGCAAGACCGGCCAAAAGAUUGGAGGUGGUGAAUGGAGAGAUGGUACGCGGUUGGCCCAGAAAUUGGGCUUCACGUUCCCCAAGAUGGCCCCGCACUCGAUGGAGAGCAUCCUGCAGCCCCCUCAAUGGCCGGUUGCUCUUAGCAACUUUGUCACCUGGUGUCUCAUGUGGGAUCCCAAGAAUAGACCGACAUCGACGCAGGCACUCAAUCACGAGUACUUUGCUGAUGCCGUGGAUCCCCUCCGUCCUAAGUCAUCGACCGCCCGGUUGCUUGGCCGGAAACAGUCCGACAAGAGCUUCAAGUCUAUGUCGAAGGAAGCUGGCGAGUCACCAACUCUGUCAUCGAAGUCAUCCUGGUUUAGAAGAUCCCUCAUCGGACGAUCCGACAGCCCUGCUGCACCAGUUGCUGCUGAGAAUGACAACGGCCUGCUGCGGCCAUCGGUGGUAACGUACAAUACGGUACCUGACGUGCAGGUGGCUAAAGGUCGAUCAUCAGUCAACAAGCGCGCUACGUGGACGAAUGGAGCCCCAAUGCCUAUCUUGCCUUCUAUCAGACCCGUUUCGCCGCUGUCGAACGCCGUCACCGCGCAGGCUAACUCGAGCGUUGCCCAUGGUGGUGAUGGCUCCAAUAUCGCCAAUAUCGACCGAAAGUCGGCCAGCAAGAAGAUUGGCCGCCAGCUGUCAGUUAACUCCCAUGGCAACCACUAUGCGGAGCUUCAUCGACAAGAGGCUGAGAGAGCGCUCAACGGUACUGGUCUGAUCUCUCCGUCUGGUACUCAGAAAGAAAGCUUCUUCUCUCACCUGCGCAAACGGGCUCGUCGACUGUCCGGCCGCAACCAGGUUGCCGCUGCGAAUGAUGAUAUCGAGGCCAAUGCCGGCUGCGUUCCGUGGUCAAACCGUUCAUCGAUGGCCCUCGAUUCAGUCAACGCGGAGGGGAAGUCUAACGCCGACUUCUCUGAAUUGGACAAGGCGCUCCAGAAUGUGAAGUACAAUCUCGAAACCACUGAAAUCCCUGUACAAGUUCCUGCACCGAAUUCGCAAGCAAAACGCCAGUCUAUGCCCCAAGGCUCCGUCCGAUCACUGCCAGAGAGCCCCGUUUCCUUGUCUGGAACUAGUGCACCAGUCUCGAGUCGGACGCGCCGAGCCAUGCAGAUGACGUCUCAUCCGGUUCAUCGAUACGAGACCCCAGAGGAGGAGGACGAGCUGCUCCAUGAGGUGCUCUAUUCAACGCACAAGGCUGCCAAGCGUCUCGCUCAGGGGCAUGCGCUGAACGAGGAGUCCUCCAACGAAAGCUUGACGCAGAAGAAUGAUAGCCGCUCGGUGUCCAAUCCGUACCCUACCCCUUCACCUUCUGCGAGACGCGACGGAGUCACUUUCGGCCAGAGCGAGACCCCUUCAAGGCGAUCCAAGGCAACUGGCAUGAAAGGGGACGAGAAUUCGAAUCGUCAGUGGCCGACUCCUCCCUACGAAGAGAGCGAGUGGCACAGUACGGCUUCAACGGAUCUAUUCGCGGCUGGAGCUACGUACCGAUAG